AUGGUGCGUAGUUGUUUUGAUUCGAAGGUACUGACCUCGUCUUCAUCUUCUUCUUCUCUCUGCUCAGACGACGGUUAUGCAUAUGCUCGGGGGGCCCAUGAGGGGCCCCCAACCAAUAGUAGUGAUGCUUCUCCUGCUGUGCUUCCGAUGACAGAAGAUGACUUUGUGCUGCUGGAUCGUCUCGAGAGACGUGUAGAUGCACAGAGUUUUGCAACUGUCUUAAAGGCUUAUUUAAUAGUACGCAACAGGAUUGCUGCUAUCAGGGCAGAUAAAGAAUUCAAAAAGAGGCAGCUGAGCCUCCCGCGCAGCAGCGUGGGUGAUGGGGUCCACCGAGGAACAGUCGCGAUGAGCAGCAGCUCAAUAGCAACAGCAACAGCAGCCCAGCAGCAGCAGCAGCAACAACAGCAGGAGAGUAUCCUAAGAGUAUGA